UAGUUUUAUAUGCAGUUUAUUUAUUAUAUUAUCUACCUGAAAAACUGGUUGUAAUAUUAUCUAUAUUUUAGGAGUGACAUAAAGUUAAUAUUAAAAAGAGCUUUCCAUUAUUAUAGAUCCUGUUCUGUAAAUUAAUAAUACACGCUAUCACGCAUUUUUAUCUAAGUAUCCAUUUAUAUUUAAACAACGCUUGGGUGUUUCUUCAGAAAUUCAACUUCCAGUUUGAUACAUCCAUCAUUAUUGUUUUUGAAAAAUAAUGAUUCUUGAUAGAUUUUUUUUUUUUAUUUUAAAAUCUAUAUAUAAUCCAAUAUCGUAACAGACUGAUGUCACCGAUUUAAAAAUAUAUAUAGGUAUAAAUCAGAUGAUAUUAUUUUUUUGAAGAACAAUAAUGACGGAUGAAUCAAAGCGGAAGUUAAAUUUCCGAAAAAAACACCCGCUUACUUAACCGUAAUGUGUUGAAUUACAUAGUAUUUAACACACAUUUACUUACCUUACUUUCGAGUUUAUAAUUAAAGAUCAUAUUUAUGAUUGUAUACCCGAUUCAACACGAAUUAUGAAGUAAACAUCACAUCACUACUAUAGCAGUUUGACAUUUAGUGAUAUGGUUAGUGGUCGAUUAUCUCCGUGAAAUUAAACCUUUUAUCGAAAACGGGGGCGGAUGGCUAUUACCUGGAUGUAACAUUGAUACAGGAAACAGCCAUGGCUAUGUCUAAAGGGUUUAAAGUUCUAGAAAAGUCAUCGCCGCCAAAUCCCUAUAGUAUAAUACUUCAACACAGAAAUAAAGAUAGUGCCCUGUUAUUCGAGUCUCAAGCAGUGGUUGCUCUUUCAUCACAAGAAACAGAAACCUUGAGGAAGCAAUACCACAAGAUUGCUGAUGCAUAUGGUUGCCUCGGCGUUCUCCAACUUAACUCUGGUGACACCUGCUUGCUGUAUCUCGUUCUCGUCACGGGCUGCUGUUCUGUCGGUAAGGUUGGAGAUGUGGAAGUUUUCAAAAUUACACAAACACAAUUUUUACCGUUGUUUUACCAAUCGCAAGGCGAAGACAAAGUUGCAGAGGUACGAAAACUUCUAAAUUCUGGGACUUUCUACUUCUCUUGGAAUACUAGUAAAAACAAUGACAAUCUUUUUGAUCUCACACUUUGUGCUCAAAGGAAAAGCAAAAGUGCUAUCCCUGAUAAUAGAUUUUUCUGGAAUAGAACUUUAUAUAUCCAUUUGAUAAGGUUUGGAAUAGACUGUGAUGACUGGCUUACUAGAGCAAUGUGUGGUUCUGUGGAAAUUCGCACUAUUUAUGUUGGUCAUCGCCAAGCCAGAGCUGUGCUUUUGUCACGUUUAAGUUGUGAAAGAGCUGGAACAAGAUUCAAUGUGCGAGGUUGCAAUGACAAUGGCAAUGUUGCAAACUUUGUUGAAACUGAACAAGCUAUUUACAUUGAUGACUCAGUCACUUCUUAUAUACAAACUCGUGGAUCAGUUCCACUUUUUUGGGAACAACCUGGCAUCCAAGUUGGUUCUCAUAAAGUAAAGAUGUCUAGAGGAUAUGAUGCAUCUACUAGUGCUUGUGACAGACAUUUCUCUCUUUUGAAACGUAACUAUGGGUCUGUGUAUGUAGUGAAUCUCUUGGGUUCAAGUCUGAUUGGAGGAAGUGAGGGUGAAGCAACCCUUAGUAAUGCAUUCCAAAAGCAUCUCAAUGAAUCUGCUCAUGCUGAUGUUGUGCAGAUUAUAUUUGAUUAUCACCAAGAAGUUAGAGCAACAUCUAUAGAAAAUGCAUUAGCUAAAUUCAAAAAAAUUGUAGACAAACACUAUGAAGACAUUAGCAUUUUUAGUAGUAAAGGAAUAGAUAUCUACAAUAUUCAAAAAGGAGUCAUCCGUACGAAUUGCCUAGAUUGCUUGGAUAGAACCAAUUCAAUACAGACUUUUAUAGGCUUGGAAAUGUUAGCAGUACAACUGAUGUUGUUGCAAUGCAUUGAUAAGAAGCAAAAUGUUAAUAGGUUUGAGGAAGUAUUUAAACAAAUGUGGGUCAACAAUGGCAAUGAAAUUUCGAAAAUUUAUGCUGGAACUGGUGCUAUUCAAGGUGGAUCUAAAUUGAUAGAUGGAGCAAGAUCUGCUGCUCGAACUAUUCAAAACAAUUUGUUGGAUAAUUCAAAGCAAGAGGCUAUUGAUAUAUUAUUACUUGGUUCUACAUUGAAUUCUGAACUUGCUGAUCGUACAAGAAUAUUAUUGCCUGCAAAUAUUCUACAUACAUCAACACCCAUCCUCAGAGAAAUGUGUCGUCGAGCGAAUGAAUUCACUCAGCCAUCUAGCAUUCAUAUCACAAUUGGAACUUAUAAUGUCAAUGGAGGCAAACAUUUCAGAAGUUUAGCUUACAAAGAUGUUUCUUUAGCCGACUGGUUAUUAGAUUGUCCUAAUUCUUCCCUUGUCAAUACAAUGAAUCUUAAAGAUCAUCCUUCAGAUAUUUUUGCUAUAGGAUUUGAGGAAAUAGUGGAUUUGAAUGCUAGUAAUAUAAUGGCAGCUAGCUCAGAUAAUGCUAAAGCCUGGAGUGAGGAGCUGGAGAAGGUGCUAUGUCGUGAUGCUCCCUAUACUCUACUAUCAAGUCAUCAAUUAGUUGGAGUGUGUCUAUUUGUGUUUGUGAGGAAAGAUUUAAUUCCCCAUAUACGGGAUGUUGCUCUUGAUUCUGUUAAAACAGGCCUGGGAGGAACUACUGGCAAUAAAGGGGCGGUUGGCAUUCGUAUGGUUAUUUACGGUACAUCUAUCUGUUUUGUAUGUGCUCAUUUUGCUGCUGGCCAGUCACAAGUUGCUGAACGUAAUGCCGACUAUACUGAAAUCACGAGAAAAAUUGCGUUCCCAAUGGGCAGAUCACUGUACUCGCAUGAUUAUGUAUUUUGGUGUGGUGAUUUUAAUUAUCGUAUUGACCUUGAUAAGGACGAAGUACGCUCUUUAGUAGCACAAAAUAACAUGCAACGCCUACUUGAACAAGAUCAACUAAUUCAACAAAAAGCUCAAGGAUUAGUUUUCAAAAACUGUUUUGAAGGUGAAAUAACUUUUCCGCCUACAUACAAAUACGAUCUCUUUAGCGAUGAUUACGAUACCAGUGAGAAAUGUCGCGCUCCUGCUUGGACCGACAGAGUACUUUGGAGAAGUAGAAAAUAUACUAUUGACCCAGAAACAACGUCAGAGUUGGCAGUCGGGAAGUUACUUCAUUACGGCAGAGCCGAAUUGAAGCAGAGUGAUCAUCGUCCAGUGAUAGCUAUUUUAGAAAUCGAAGUAUUGCAAGUUAGUAACACAAAAUGCAUGGAUGUAUUUUACGAAGUUGUGAAAGACCUAGGCCCACCAGAUGCAAGUAUUAUUGUGCAACCAUUUGAUGAAGUAGAUAGUGACGAAUCGGUAUUUGAUGAUAACGUAAUGGCAGCUGUAUUGCAAGAGUUGGCUACAAUCGGUGAAGUAACUCUAGUUCGAUUCAUUGACGACCAUACACUGAGUAUAACAUUUCGAGAAGGGCAGAACGCCUUAGCUGCGGCGCAAAAAGGUCAAAUGUAUGUCUGUUCUAUACCAUUAUCUAUAACUUUGAAAUCACCCAACUGGGUUGAUAUAGUACGUUCAGAAAUAAAUUUAUGCUCCAACAACACAAUGCCGCUAUUUGGCGAAGUUCAGUCAGACCGGCCACUGAGAUCGGCUCCUCCUACGCCACGCCGAACCCAGCCCAGUAGGCCACCUGCACCUUCACCAACACCUUUGGUUCCGUCGAGAGCUCCAGCUCCUCCGUUGAGUCCGGCUCGGCCACCACCCCCAAGACCUGCACCGCUUCCACCUGACACUGGGAAAACAGCUGGACCAUCACAGUUGUCAUCACCAUCGUCACAACAGUCAUCGCCGCCCUUACAGAUGUCAUCGCCACCGUCACAGCUUUCAUCACCACCAGCUGAUAACGUGCCACCGCCAUCUUGCGCACCGCCGCCGCCGCCAUCUUGUGCUCCACCACCGCUACCAGCCAAUAACACCCCAUCACUCGGGGGCCCACCUCCACCCGUUCCAGCAAGACAAGGGGCCCCACCUCCAUUACCGGCAAGGCCCCGACCGACCACUUAAAGUUUGCAAUUUGCAUUUGUAGCAUUUGUAUCCUUUGUAAAUUAAGACACAUCCAUAUCUCUUAAUAAGCAUAACGUUUUUGUUCUCAAAACUGUGUCUGUGCUAUAUAAUAGCUGGUGUGUGCUGAUUAGAUAAAAAAUAGAUUGUUUGAGAGAUUAACUUUCCAUGAUAACCAAACCAAAAUCUCAUUAUUAGAAUAUUUGUUUUGGAUAUAUUGUACCUUAUAGUGUUAUGUGGCUAGUUUAUAAAUAAAAAUCUUUUUCUAUGGUUCUCAAUAUUUUUUUGAUAGUCAAAGUUUAUUAAUCAAUGCAUAUUUAAGGAUUGUUACUUGUUAAUCAUGUUUUUGUUGUAUAUACUACAUAGAGACUUAAAUCACGAAUGUAAUUGCUUUGUAUUUUGGGCUUUCUGUAUUUUAUCUAGGUAGUAUUUAUAUUUGUAUAUAUCUUAAUGCUAGAUUCCUUCUGGUAUUGGCAGAGACGGCAGAGCCCCAAAAGGCGACGUUAAUUUUAAAAUUAUUAUUAUUUAAAUGCCUAUGUUUACAAUGAUUUGUAUUACAAAGUUAAUGUAUAAGUUAAUAAUAAUUUUUAAUAUAACAUUAUUCACGUUGAUCUUUUAAUGUUGAUUGAGUGUAGUUCACAAAACAAGUCAACCAUAUCUUUAGUUAAAGUUAUAAAUAUUUUUUCUGAAAUGUUAAGUAUUUUAUGACUUGGUGCUUAACUGCCCUGCGAUUCUGUAAAAAUGCAAACCAGAAUUCACUUGAAAAAGCGGCAUCCGGUCAAUCUUGAAUCGGUAAUAACGUUUCGUUGCAUAAGUGAAGUGAGUUUUGAAAUCAAUUCUGUUUUGUAUUUUUAUACAAAAAGUGGAACUAAUAGAUUCUUCAUUAAAUUACCUGAAUUCGGACACAAAUAAAAUCGAACACAUAA